AAACAACAACGCGUAAGACUCUAACCCAACACAAUCUCGCCACGUGUCCUCCACAAAAUCAUCUUUUAACCGCCAAAAAAGAAACCACCCACUCUUCCAUUAACCUUAAACUCCUCUCUUCUUCCUCUGAUCUCAACAACAGAACAAAACAAAAAAAAAUGGUGGAAGAAGAUCGGAUCACGUUAGCUCCGACGGAGAUCUACGGCCGGAGCGACGAAGAACAGAACGAACCAAGAAUCUGGCGUCGGAAAACAGAGGAACCACCAGGGAAAUGUCUAAUCUAUACUUUGACAAUAAUUGUAAUCAUCUUCGCAGUUUGUCUUAUCCUCUCUUCAAUCUUUCUCCGGAUUUCUAAACCAGAGAUCGAAACAACAUCGGUAUCGACUCGUGAUCUUCGAUUCGGAGGUAACUCAACGAACCCUUACUUCAACGCCACGCUAGUAAGUGAUAUCACGAUCAGAAACUCGAAUUUUGGAGCGUUUGAAUUUGAGGAUGGUUCGUUACGUGUUGUUUACGCUGAUCAUGGAAUUGUGGGAGUGACGACGAUCGGAGGGAGAAGAGUUGAAGCUCAUAAGACGGUUAAAAUAACCGGUGUUGUGGUUGAGAUCGGUUCGUUUCGGUUAUUGGAUACUAAGGGUUUGGAGUCGGAUUUGAGGUUAGGGUUUUUGGAAUUGAGAAGUGCUGCUGAGAUCAGAGGAAGGAUCAAGGUUUUGGGAAGGAGGAGAUGGAAGGUUAGUGUGAUGAGCUGUACCAUGAGACUCAAUUUAACCGGUCGGUUUAUUCAACAUUUGUUAUGUGAAUAGUGGUGAUGGUUUUGUGACCCGGUUUAAGGAUUUCUAUUUAUUUGUUUCUUGUUUGUUUGGGUGUGUUUUGAUUGUAAAUUCGUAAGAUAAUACUAAAUUUUUUUUUUUACGAAAUUCAGUUUAAAAUUAAAUUAGAAUUUUCUCAACACUGUAAUUAGUCCGAUUUAAGAAGGAUUAUUUGUUUGAUGUUGU